AGAUCACAGCAGCAGCCGCAGCAGCAGCAGCAUCAACAACAACAACAGCUUCCGAGUUAGCAGCAUCCGAGCUAGCAGCAGCAGCAGCGGCACCUCGCCUGCCGCCCGGCCCACCUGCACCUGCAACACUCUUACAACCGAGCAUCCCUCCCGUUUUUUUUGCCAUUAACGAGAUAAAAGAUAAGAUGGCCACCUCCUCCUCCUCCUCCACUCUGGACGAAGACGAGAGUUUGAAGGGCUGUGAAAUUUUUGUGCAGAAGCACAACAUCCAGCAGAUCCUCAAAGAGUGCAUUGUCAACCUGUGCAUCGCUAAGCCCGAGCGUCCUAUGAAGUUCCUGCGGGAGCAUUUUGAAAAGCUGGAGAAGGAAGAAUGCAAGCAGAUCAUGGCACGGCAGAAGUCUAACAGCCAGUCGGACUCGCACGACGACGAGGUCUCUCCCCCGCCGCCGAACCCGGUCGUCAAGGCCCGCCGUCGCCGCGGAGGGGUGAGCGCCGAGGUCUACACCGAAGAGGAUGCCGUCAGCUACGUGCGCAAGGUGAUCCCAAAGGACUACAAGACCAUGACCGCCUUGGCCAAAGCAAUCUCCAAGAAUGUUCUGUUUGCUCACCUGGAUGACAAUGAGAGAAGCGACAUAUUCGACGCCAUGUUCCCCGUCACACACAUCGCUGGGGAAACAGUGAUCCAGCAAGGCGAUGAAGGGGACAACUUUUACGUGAUUGACCAGGGCGAAGUGGACGUGUAUGUGAAUGGGGAAUGGGUGACCAACAUCGGCGAGGGUGGCAGUUUCGGUGAGCUGGCCCUGAUCUACGGAACUCCCAGAGCCGCUACGGUGAAGGCCAAGACUGAUCUUAAACUGUGGGGGAUCGACCGGGACAGCUACCGUCGCAUCCUCAUGGGCAGCACUCUGAGGAAGCGAAAAAUGUAUGAAGAGUUCCUCAGCAAGGUGUCCAUCCUUGAGUCUUUGGAUAAAUGGGAGCGUCUGACUGUGGCCGACGCCCUGGAGCCGGUCCAGUUCGAGGAUGGCGAGAAGAUCGUGGUACAAGGAGAGCCCGGCGACGACUUCUUCAUCAUCACGGAGGGAAUUGCCUCUGUUCUGCAGCGCAGGUCCGACAAUGAGGAGUACGUGGAGGUCGGCCGACUCGGGCCCUCCGACUAUUUUGGCGAGAUCGCUCUGCUGUUGAACCGCCCGCGGGCGGCCACGGUGGUGGCCCGGGGCCACCUCAAGUGCGUGAAGCUGGACCGCCCCCGCUUCGAGCGCGUGCUGGGCCCCUGCUCCGAGAUCCUCAAGAGGAACAUCCAGAGAUACAACAGCUUCAUAUCACUCACUGUCUGACACAUUUCCACCCCCCCCCCCCCCCCCCCCUCCCAAAAAAAAAAGUGUAACUUGCGGGCACGCGCCGCACCUAAUAAGUAGGGGGGCCUGUGGGCGGGUGAACCCAGGAUGCGGGUUUUACAUUUCCAAUGACAGGGUGCCCAUUACCUGAUUAGAUUUUUUUCCUCUUCAUUUUUUUUUUUUUUUGCUCUUGUGCACUUUGCCUUGUGCUGUCGCGUCCCUUUAUGUAAAAAAAAAAAAAAAAAAAAACACAACAACAGCAACAUGGAGUGUCCGUUGUGUCUUGUGUACGA